AUGGGUGCCAAGCGUGCCAUCAUUGUGGGCUUGGUCUUCGAGGUCUGCCAACUGGCUAUGUUCGGAUUCUCGAGUUCAGCGUGGAUCCUCUGGACGGCCGGUGGUGUAGCAGGUCUCGGCACCAUCACCUACCCAGCUCUAAGCGCCUUCCUCUCCAAUCAUGCCAAUUCAGACCAACAGGGUCUCGCUCAG